ACAGAAAACGAUAGCAAGUUUAUCUUUUCAGAUCAUUUCAGAGUUCAUGAUCAAUUUGGAAGAGAUUCGUGCUUGCUGGCACUUGCUGGUGCUUGCACUUAUUAUAUUAUUGCUUAGUAUCUAAUUGUUUAAUGUUCGAUGUGGAAUAAUAAAUGUUAGGGUUUUAGAUUAAUUAGUUAAAGUAAAGCACAAAAUGGCUCCAGUCCCUUUGGAAGAUCAUCAAACUCCGGUUACCAACAAUAUUCCACAAGAAGGGAAUCGUGGCGGUUCUAUUUCCCUUGGGAUGCUUAUUGAUUUUAUCAUACAACGAACUUAUCAUGAACUUACAGUUUUAGCUGAAUUAUUGCCUAGAAAAACUGACAUGGAACGUAAAAUAGAGAUAUACAACUUCUCAGCUAGAACUAGGCAAUUAUAUGUACGAUUACUAGCAUUGGUUAAAUGGGCUAACAGUGCUUCCAAAGUUGACAAAUCUGCGCAUAUAAUGGCUUUCUUGGAUAAGCAGUCAUUGCUUUUUGUCGAUACAGCUGAUAUGCUUGCACGAAUGGCUCGAGAAACAUUAGUACAUGCCAGGUUACCUAAUUUCCAUAUUCCUGCUGCUGUAGAAGUUUUGACAACUGGAACGUAUAGUCGUCUACCGGCGUGCAUAAGAGAAAGAAUUGUUCCUCCAGAUCCAAUCACACCUGCAGAAAAAAGAAGUACACUUCAGAGACUAAAUCAAGUUAUUCAACAUAGAUUAGUAACUGGAAAUUUGCUUCCACAAAUGCGUAACUUGAAAAUUGAAGCAGGAAGAGUAACAUUCCUUGUGGAGCAAGAAUUUUCAGUAUCGCUUACAGUUAUGGGAGAUGGUCCAACUGUGCCCUGGAGAUUACUAGAAUUGGAAAUUUUGGUUUCAGACAGAGAAACAGGAGAUGGGAAAGCUUUAGUCCAUCCACUGCAAACACGCUAUGUGCAUCAAGUAGUACAAUCAAGAUUGGCGGACAGUUCAAAUCCAUUAUCAGAAGUUUAUCACAUUUUGCAUUAUUUCUGCCAAUCGCUUCAGUUGGAAGUACUUUAUUCCCAAACACUGAGAUUAAUACGAGACAGGUUGGACGAUCACAUUCACGUAGACGAAUAUACUCCCGGAAAAUGUCUUUCCGUGUCAUAUUGGAGAGAGCUAACUAAUAAAGAUCCUCGAUCAGAAUUGGGAUACAAGCUUACAGUACAGGUUGAUCAACAUGAUCCAGCUAGAUCUCUUGCAAUUGUACAUGUUCCAUCUUUAGGUAAUAAAGAAAGCGAGAUAGCGGACAGGGCAAUUAGAUCUGACCAGUUAUCGAUGGAAUGUUUGUUGGUGCAUACAAUUUAUGUACGCACUAGAAGUAGGCUAUUAGAUUUGAAACAAGAGUUACAGACAAUGUUGAAAGAUGUCGAAUGUACUUUAGCUGGAUCACCUGCAAUUCUUUCUGUUCCAAUUUUGCAACCUUGUUUAAGAGCAGAGCAUCUUUUGGUUACUGUCGAUACUCAUACAGGAAUGUUACAAUGUCAUGUACCUCAGUACAAGGCGCCUUUAGUUCCUGAAUUAACAGCUGCCUUAAAUGGUGACCACUCUCGUCUUCCUACUUUGAUAUCAGAGCUCAGAUUUUGGAUAACACAAAGGAGAUGCGAGAAAACAUUGCAACAUCUUCCAGCAACUUCUCACGAGCGUUUGCCAGUCCUCCAUCAUCCUGAUCAUCCAAUGGCUAAAAUUAGUAGACAUCGCAUGUUUGUUCAACUUCAUCGGCAUCCUACAGUGAUCUUGAUAGUGGCAUUCAAAGAAAAAGAAACUUCACUGUGCGAGAUUGAAUGCUCGUUUCAUCUUGCUGUGGUAAAGCACAGUUCAGUUGAAGAUGAUCUUCAGGAUGAUAGUAUCGAAACAGAGAUUCCAAAGAUGUAUUUAAAGGUUCAAAGUCUAAUUGAAUUUGAUACUUUCGUGAUAACCCAUGGCCCUUUCACCAGCGUUGAUAGUGAAUCUACCGAAACCAGCAGUAUUAAACGCAGAAGUACUGGACCUAGCGGAAGGACUGACGCCAGUGCUACAUUACAAAACAGAAGAUCGAAGCAGCCUGCAUACUUUAUUCCGGAGCUAGCACACGUUGUUGCUCUUUGCGAUGAAAGAAUACCUUUUGUAACGCUAGCACAAGAAUUGACUAGGAGAGACAUAGCUCACCAAGGACUUCAAGUCGAAGCAAAUGCUACUGCAUUGGUUUUAAAAUUAGUUCAAUUACCUGCUCCUUCUACUGCGAUAAGUUUCGACUGUGCGUGGCAUGCACUUCUUAAAAGAUUGCUCAGCGUUUCAAUCAGAGUACAAGGUAAAGGUAUGGCCAAAACAUGGAUGGCUGAGUUUGUGUUUUAUGGUAGCCCUCUGUCUAGUAGUCAUCCAAAGGAACAAGGGCUACGUAGACCUGUAUAUUUCCAAUACGAAAUGGGAACAGCAGAUACUGUAUCGCGCACAGUAGAUGCGUUGCUAAAUGAUUGGGCACAGAUUGUACAUCUCUAUUCUAUAGUACAUGAUUUAGCAGAAUAUUUUAAGAUGGAGAAGUACAGUUUACGCAAUAUGAUUAGUAUAAAAUCAUACAACUAUAGUAAAUUAGUCUUAGCCUAUGGUCCCAACCGCGGAGCCACUGUUACUGUACAAUGGAAUACAAACGACAAAACAUUUAAGUUAAUAUUUGGGAAAAGUCCAACGAGCACUAUAACUAACGCUCAUUCGAUUAUGAAGGAACAACUUGAGGCUCAUUUGAAUAGGCAUAGAAAUUUAGCACAGCUUGCACACAUUCUUCACGAAACGCUUCAACCUCUUACAUCGAUCAGUAAAUUACCCACUAUCCCACAGCUUUGCGUUUACAAUUCGCGACCUCAAGUACCAGUACAAACCUUUACCAUUAUGCCACAGUGCGUAACUUUGGUUAGAAUUGCAUAUCAGGGUAUGUACUGUUUGGAAUUGCGUUUACGAGGUGGCGGAUUGGUGAGCCUAAGAGACGGAGCAUACAGUCGUUUUGAUAGGAGUUACGUUGUAGACGAAUUUACCCCAACACAAGGCCUCAAGGCAUUUUUAUCGAAAUAUGUGGACGAAAGUGCAGUAUUUCGUAGAAGAUCUCAGUCGGAGGAUGACAAUCCCCCAUCUCCUGUAACAAUGGAUAGCGAUGGUGGUAGUGGAAGUGGGAAUGUAGGUUUCCUGAGCCACCAUAGAAGUGGACCGCAAUCACCUGCACAACAACGAGAUGGUUUAAGAUUUCAUCCGCCACUUACUCCACCUUCUGGUAGUAAUCCUCACACACCAGCCAGCCCUCACACUACUAAUAUAUCACAGACAAAUCAACACCAGAGUUUUGGAAGUAGCCCAGCCACGUCUUUCAAUUUGGCUUCGCCACCAUCUCUUCCACCUAACACACCUAAUAUGCUGCCACAUCCUUCGCCGGGUUCUGGAUUGGUUGCCAAUAGUCCUCUGAAUCCAAUGCAUGUUCCUAGUCCAGCUGGCUUGAUGCCUACAUCAUCGCCUGGACCUUGUAGUAGCGUUCAAGUUGGUCACUCACCUGCAGGAUCUUUUAUGCAAACUGGACACAUAGACGGAAGUCCUUUCCCAUCUACACAGAGUAUGGCAUCACCAGCAGCAUCAAAUUGGCCGGGAUCGCCCAAUGUACCUAGGCCAUCUCCUGCACGUCCUGCGCAGAGUCCAGGGCAUGCUGCUCUACAUAGCCCUCAAGCUUCUGAUCAUAAAGCAGGAACACAUAUUUCGAGAGUACUUCCACAACGUUCAUGGGCUGGCGCUGUACCUACUCUACUUACUCAUGAAGCUUUAGAACUACUUUGUUGUCCUUCGCCACACCCUUCUGGCCUUCCUGGGCCAGAUCUUUCUCCACUAGAAAGAUUCUUAGGAUGUAUUUACAUGCGAAGACAGUUCCAACGAUUCAUACAAACCGAUGAUUGUUUAACUGCAAUCAACAGCACCGAACCAGGAAUUGUACAGUUCAAGGUGGAAAGCCUGCAAUGCCGAGUUGGUUUGAAUCCACAACAUUUGCAAUCCCUUCAUAUAAAAGUACAACCUCUUCCAGAGCAUAAAGAUCAAUGGACACUAGAAGAGUUACAAAUUAUAGAGAAAUUUUUUGACACAAGAGCAGCAGCUCCACCAUAUAAACCAAACACACUUUCUGGCUUUGGUAGAAUGUUGAAUGUACCAUUUAACGUUCUAAAAGAUUUUGUACAAAUUAUGAAAUUGGAAUUAGUACCUGGAUUAGUACAACAGCAGCAACUUAAAUGGAACGUGCAAUGGUGUUUAAGGAUUCCUCCUUCUGGUACUCCAAUUGUACCGACUGGUAUGGCAGCCGUGCUUGUUUGCAGGAAUAAAAUCCUUUUCUUUUUACAAAUAACAAGGAUUGGAUUACCGUACCAGGGAGAGACACCUUCUCUGGUUUUACCGUUAGUUUACGAUGUUAGCACGAACGUAACACAGUUGGCCGAGAAACGAGAUCCUAGUCCAGCUUCUGCAAUGGCUGCUGCAUCCCUUCAAUUAAAGAGAUUUGCUGAAUACGGUGCAAAUCAAUCCGAAUGUUCUCUUUUUCCUGCUGUUAGGGACUUGUUAGCUAAUUUGACUCUUCCAUCAGAGCCACCAGUUAUGUCUCAAGUAGUUCCAUCACCAGCUGGAGGACAGGUAACACCAACGCAGCAAAUUCAAAGUCCUGCAAUGCAAUUGCAUUCCCCUAUGGCUGGAAAUCAAGGCCCUUCGCAAGGUCCUUACGGGAUCCAAGGUAUGCCACCAAUGGGAAUAAUGGGUGGACCACCUCAAUAGGACACACUUUACUCUCCUAGUCCCCUCUGUUUACCAACUCAAUCAACAUGGAUGAACUAAGUUGUAUCAUAAUGUCUGCUCUACAUGUGCGUUUUCUUAUUCAAUGAACCAUUUCGGGGAAUUUUAGGAGAGUUGUUUCGAGAGAACGUUUGUUUUGGAAAAAUCUUCUCAUAAACUCUGCCAUUGUAAAGAUUGUAGCUAAAAUUUUGUUCAUACGAAUUUGUACACAUCACAGAAACAGUGUUAUAGGAUAAUUUAAGGAUAGACGGACCCAGCUUCGUCUUUAGGUAAGUGUAAUUUAUUAACUGAAUAAAAUUUACUUUUAAUACAAUCCAUCUAUCCUUUAAUUAUCUUGUAUUUUUGUAUAAACCUGUAUUCAUAAAAUUGACCGUAAGAAGAGUCGUAUUACACAUUAUUUCAGAGUACAAAUUUUACAUUGCGUCGGUGAAUAAACUUUCUAAAAUUUCUUAGAAUCAAUCUCACAUAUUUAGUUUACUAAGACCAUUAUAAUUAAAUUUUUUAAUUUGGUACAGUUAUGAUUCAUACCUAGGAUAAGUAAAUAUCUUUUUAUUCUAAAUAAUGACUGUGAUACUAUUCCUUUUCGACUAUUUUGGUUGGUUAUGUUAUAUUCAAUUUCCCAUUGACUAAAUCCGUCCUAUUUUACUUGAUUUUAUAACGAACACUGGGUAGACCAAACACAGAGCAAAGUAGGAACUACCACAGGAAAUAAAAAUUUACGUACUUUUUUUUUUCUUUGGUUGAGUUACUUCUCGACAGCUUUGACCAACCAAAAUAGUUGAAAUACAUCUUAGUUGAAGCGAAGAUUAAGUGAAUUCUAUGAUUAGACUUAAAUUUAUAACUAAAUGUUAUACAAAGUUGAAAAAUACAAAAAUUAUAGCAUAGUCAAAGAUUAGGAAGAACAAGUACGAUGUAUAAAGUAAUUAGAUUGAAAUCAGAUCAAGAUCAAAGAUGACUUUCCUUUUCCUUUCGCAUUGAAGUGUGAGGCCAGACAAAUUUAUUAAUAAAUAAUCAUCCCAUUUCAAGAAUAUUCAAAGUGCUAAGUGAUUUUUGUACAUUUUGUAACAUAUUCUGUGUAUGUAACUGAAUUACAUAUUGUAAUAAUAGGUCGAUUUUUAUUUUAGUACUGUAGGUUUUACUUGAUAAAUAUAUAUGAUACAGUUUCCUAUCGUAACAAAUUUAAUUAACUAAGCUUUGGUACGAUUAACCGUUUAACAAUCAAUCGUUAAACUUUUAUUAAUAUUCGUUAAAUCAACUGUUUAUAACUACUCUUCGACUUUAAGAAUAAAGACCAUACUUACUACUUCAAAACGGUGCCUUCAUUCUUCC